UGGACCUGUGAUGUCUCACCUGUGAUCAUGCAGACACAGAGAAACAGGAGAGGACAUUUAGAGCACUUCCUGUACUAUAAGCACUCCAGGCUGAAUCACCUGAAACAGGAAGUUCAAAGGUAUGGGUUGGAGAACCAGUACGUCUUCACUGAAGACAUCCCUCCGUUCCCCCGACCCGAGUUCCACGUGAGCCGUGUCAAACACGACACGGAGCGACGGGGCUUAUGUUGCAUCAGGGUGGACGAGGGCUUCAGGGAUCCUCACAGUCGGGUCCUGGUGUGGUGGAGUCUGGCUGUGGGACCCGAGGAGAUCCAGGAGGCCGAGACGAGGCUCCUAGAGGAGACCUACCCAAACCGGACAGAGGAGCAGGCCGCGAGGCAGCACAGCUUCCUGUGGAGGUUCGCCUCCUCUCCGGCCUUCAGCGAGAAGUCCAGGCUGGGCUCGUACCGCUUCACCUUCCCCCUGCAGGAGGUGCUGACCACCUACAGCGAGCAGUUUUGCUCCGGAGCUCCGCCCAUCAUGAGGGUGUUCAAGACCUCGCUGUUCAAACAGGAAGUGCAGUACUCUGUGCUGGUCCACAGCCCGGCCAAUCAGCUGCUCUUCUCAAGGUUUCCUUUACUCCCUGAUGAUGACCCGGACGCUGUCUGCACUUAUAGAGACGGACGCUUCAUCUGGAGACCGGAGGCCAUGUGUGGGACACACAGUUAUGAGUUGAUCUGUAGACCUGAUGGAAACCAGAUGGACGCUCAGGAACUACCUGCACGACCUCCAUUUUACGUCUGGGAUCACGUCGCCAUUGCCCUGCAUGUGGCGAACGGACAGGUGCUGACGUUUAACGCUGACCGCCUGAGACAGAACCUCAGCUUCUGUUGGCCGGACGAAGUAACAGCCAGAAACGACGAGGAGGACUUCGAUGAUUUCGAAGACGCUACAAACUUGGUUAAAUGCCUGUGGCCGGGCUGGCGCCUCCCCCUGGAGGAGGAGCGCUCGCUCCUGCAGCGUUACACAGUGUCCGACAUCAGACUGGUUCUCGUCGGGAGGCCUGGAGUGGGUAAGAGCUCCACUGGGAACGCCAUCCUAGGAAGGCUUGCCUUCAGUCCAGGCGGUCCAUCCUCAGGGACGUCAUCGUGCUGCUGGCAGAGCGAGUGGGUGUUCGGCCACCAGGUGACCGUAGCCGACACUCCUGGUCUCUCGGAAACAUCCAGCGACGCCGUGAAGAGGGACAUCUCCACAUGUGUAAACAUGCUGAGGCCCCACGCUGUCCUGCUGGUCGUCAGGGUGGGGUCCUCCACCGUGGAGGAUCUAGCCGCCGUGAGGCAGGUGGAGGAGGUCUUUGGGAUGGACGUGUGGAGGUACACCAGGAUCCUCUGCACCUAUGCUAACCCAGCGGCUCCAGACAUCGAGACACAGCGCCGGGCGACGGGACCUGAGCUGCUUUUCAGAGUGGGCUACAGGUACCACGUCCUCAACAACAACCCAGACCACUGGGACGGUCAGCAGGUCUAUGAUCUGGUGCAGGCCGUGGCAAGGAUGGUCAUGGCUAAAGAAGGGGAGGUCUACUCCAUCAGGAACACCAUCUGAGUGCUGGGUGAUGUUGUAAUGUUGUUUGCACUGUUUACCCUCAGGUGAUGGAGUGUGGCGUACGAUAAAUGCACCAGAACGCCCAGCACAGCGACACCUGCUGGCCUCAGUGGGGAGGUCACCUCCCAGAUUAGCUUCCAUGAUGCAUCAUGGGAAGUCCCCCCCAUCCUGACGUCAGCAGGUUUGGAAAUGCAGUUUGUUUGUAGCCGACUACGAACGUUAAACUUUGAAUAUUCUGUGCAACGAUCCAAAAGCCUUUUAAAAAAUCCCAACAGUGCCGAUCUCACGAAGAUCAUUCAAGACACACGUGUGUCUGUGAGGGUUUGAAAAGGACAGGAGCCAAUGAAGGGAAGCCAAUACAGGAGAAAUCUGCUCUCUCUUUCUAGUCCCUGUCAGGACUCUCAGUGCAGCAUUUUGGAU